ACUUGAAGCCGGCGAAACUGACGGUUAAUCUGAGAUGUCGAAGCAAAAUAUGCUCUCGGGAAAACAAUGCAGCAAAUUAAUAUGAGAAAUGCUAGGAUCAAUCGCACACGAGCUUAUGCCCAAACACCUAGCAUUUGUGCUUGUGCUUUUCCAGAGCUUUCUUGCCAAUAAAGAAACAAUGGACGGUGGCAAUGACGAUGAUCCUUUAUCGCCGGACCUUUCUUGCCAAGAAAAUCCUGAAUUUUUGAUCGAUGAGGUGCCAGUUGAAAACCCAGACGACGGCAUCAACAACUUAAUCCACAUAGAGAUCGAAUUCGGGUUCCAGAGAGAUGAAGCUUUGAUCAUUCCCAACUGGGUUUUGGAAGUUCGAUCAGAAUCCAUCACAUGGACUCUCAACAAAACAGCAGCAUUUGGGUUUCAAUCCUCAACAGUAGUAUAUUUGUCCGUUACAUACAUCGAUCGGUUCAUUUCUCUGACGUCCAUCGCCUUGCCUAUUGUAGAAGAAAGACCGGAAAUUAGAUUGCUUUCGGUGGCCUGCCUAUCGUUGGCGGCAUGGAAGGAGAGGAUGAUGCUCCCACAGCUGUCACAACACGAAGACGGAGAUUACUUCUUUGCAGCGGGAUCUAUUGUACAAAAGGCGCAUAGGGUGUUGACAGCAUUAGGAUGGGACAUGGAUAUAAUCACACCCUUCGCGUUUCUCGAUUACUUGGUCUCCAAGUUAUGGCAAGAUUUUCCACCAGAUGUGAAAUUUCAGAUUGCAGCACACCUCCGUUCUGUAAUGACAGAGAUCAAUUUAAUGCAUCAUCGGCCGUCCGCUGUAGCAGCUGCCGCCACCUUACUGGCAUUGGAUCAGAAUUUAACUAAUGAAUCAUUGAAUGUCAGGAUAUCGGUUCCUGAUUUGAAUUUUUUGGAAACUGACGCUGUGUUUUUCUUGUACCAUCAAAUGCAGGAGCGGUUAGGUGGUUGAAAGUAAACAACCCAAAAGGUGCAGUAAAUGUUGUAGAAAAUUCUUCAGUUACAGCAGAGAAGUGAUUCUGUUGAUAAAUAGUAAAUAGUAAACAGGAAAGAGGAGAUGAGGUGCCUUGGUGAGAUUUGAUGCGUUUGUGUUGCAUGUUGGCCAUCAAAAUUCAAGAGAGUUUUGUAAAGAUCUGAUUUGUUUGAAUGUUUGGGGUAUGCUUUUCUAGGCGGGCCCUACUAUGUUCUUCCUUAUAAGCAUUUAGGUUGGUUGGC